AUGGCGGCCCGCGCGCUCGCUCAUAUACUGCGGCCCUACGCCGUUCAGCCAUUGCCGGUCAAUGCUGCUGUGUAUAGCCGCUUGUACUCACUCGUGCAACCACCAUGCAUACGAGCGUACGCCACCACGAAGAACCCGAAUCCCCGUGAACCUAGGGACCAGAAGAAGCUCAGGCUACGCAAGAAAGGCAAACCUAGAAAACCUGCUUCCGACAACUCGGAGAAGCUCAGUGGACAUAAGAACCCGGAGCCCAAACAACCUGCUUCCAACAACUCGGGGGAGCUCAGUGAACCUACGAACCCGGAGCCCAAUCAACCUGCUUCCAACAACUCGGGGGAGCUCAGUGAACCUACGAACCCGGAGCCCAAUCAACCUGCCUCCAACAACUCGGGGGAGCUCAGUGAACCUACGAACCCGGAGCCCAAUCAACCUGCCUCCAACAACUCGGAGAAGCCCAGUGAACCUGUUUCCACCGCCACCAAGGUGGCACAGCGCAUACAGAAAUUGUUCGAGCUGGAUGCGCUCAAGUGGCCACGCAUCGAGCACCCAGAGGGUGUCAAGUACAUGAACAAUGCAGAAUUCAAGCGUCGGUGCGGUGACAAAGAUUUCAAGCCUCUGCCGGGGCAAGAUAUUCAGAUUCGGGGCAGAAUCAUUCGCGUCAGAAAGCAAGGCGGCAAGCUGCUCUUCCUAGACAUCAUGUCUAACUUCCACACAGUUCAAAUCGUUCUAGAUUUUGGGCAUAUACAAUCAGUCUCUGAUGUGACGCUGGAACAGUUUCAAAAACAACGGGAUGCCUUCCUGCGGGGCGAUUUCGUCUCUGCAGAAGGAUCUCCCGUCCGCACUCCUGCGGGUGACCUCGCCCUCAAAGCCAAUAAGCUGCCCUAUCAGCUAAGCCCAAGUAUUGCGCCUGUGCCCCGCCGCCUCAUCAACGAGGAGACCAAGGUGCAGAGUCCUCAUCUCAAUUUGCUUCUCGUCCACGAAGCCUCCGCAACCAUACGCUUUCGGUCGGAGCUGAUAUGGUGGCUUCGAGUGUUCUUCCAGAACAAGAGAUUCAUCGAGGUUCAGACUCCGAUCAUUGCUGACUAUGCUGGCGGAGCAGCAGCUCGACCCUUCCUCACUUCUUCCACCGAAUUUCCUCGCAAGGAGUUGGCACUGCGCAUUGCACCUGAGCUCUGGUUGAAGCGCAUGAUUGUUGGAGGAUUUGACCGCGUGUUCGAGAUCGGGCCCUCCUUCCGAAACGAGGGCCUAGAUAGCACGCACAAUCCUGAAUUCACCACAUGCGAGUUUUACCAGGCCUAUGCAAACCUGUCUUCUCUCAUUAGCUUCACCACCAAUCUUAUCCAGCAGCUGGCAUUGUUUAGUGCCGCGAAGUGGGAGAAGUGGGGCUCGAAAGAGCGGUAUGAGUUCGAGCCCGACUAUUUCGUCAAUUUCAAGCAAGUUGAGUUCAUUCCAGCGUUGGAGGAAGCCCUGGAUAUCAAGUUUCCCGAUCUCUCUGAGACGGAUGCAUUAAGUCGUCUGCGUAAGACGCUUCAUGCCAAGCUAGGCCACCAACCUGCUCCAGGGGCCUCCUUGAAUAAGCUGCUAGACACACUUGCUGGUAAAUACCUCGAACCCGAGUCAGAUCACGCGCCUCUGUACAUCAUCAAUCACCCGGCCUGCAUGACUCCUCUGUCCAAGUCAUUCACCUGCCCCAAGACUGGCCAGUUGGUAUCGGCCAGAGCUGAGCUCUUCAUCAAGGGCCGUGAAAUCGCCAACAUGUAUGAGGAGGAAAAUGACCCAUUUGAGCAACGGCGGAAGUUCGAGCUGCAAUUGCAAGCUCGCAAUGCCGAGGGGGCUAGCCCUGAAGAUGGACAAGCUGUGGUUGAUGAGAGCUACAUCGAGGCUCUUGAGCAUGGGCUGCCGCCAACCGGAGGUUGGGGCUGUGGCAUUGACCGCCUCGUGAUGAUGUUCUCAGCCAGCAGCCGCAUCAGCGACACGCUCCCCUUUGGCAGCCUGCGCAAUGUUGUGAAUGUAACUCAGGGGUCGCGAAGGUCAUAA